AUAGCGGAGCAGAAAAGUAGAUUGAAGACAGAGGAACAGCAGGGUGGUCGUGCUGGGACGAGAGGUGCACGAGAUCAUGUUGGUGACGCAGCUGCACCAGGCGGUAGUACAACUUCUCACACCGGAAAAAUCGCAGUCGGAACACCAAUUAUCGAGGAGGAUCCUGCUGCAUUGAAAAAUAAACGCCGGCGAAAGAAGAAAAAGAAAAAGCCACUGUUCGAUGCUGAUGGGAAUCCGAUCGUAAGCAACAAUCUAAGUAGGAAAGAGCGCGGGGAGAAGCGGAAACAGGAAGAAAGGCAAGAGGUCUCGGAUCUGUUGCAAGUGCUGUUUCAGCAGAUCAAGGACUGCGGAGCAGGAAGUACAAUUACGAGUCUACAGGAAGACGGUGAAGAUGUAGUUGUACUUCCAACCACAUUGGAGUUCCUGAUACCGCCGAGUAGCGUCGUUGAGACGAGGGCAGCACAAAUUGUAUCUGAAGUGAUUGACGCGAAGCCGACUGCUCCUGUCCUCGCGCCAUCCGGUCUUCUCGCAGCGCCUUCUGGUGAAGACCGGCCCUCCACGUCCACUCCAAAAUCCAUCUACGAUGUCGCACUGUACCAAAUUUUUCGUGUUCUGCGGCGAAAAGCCGGGAGAAAGUGGGGUCAGAAUCUUCAUGCAGUGUUUGCCUUGGCGACGCAGGUAACUGUCUUGGUGGUGGAGGCAUGCCGGACGAAAGCAGCGAGGGGAAAUAGUAACGCCAGUGCCCCUGCUGAGAGUCGUGAUGCCACUAUCACAAAAACGACGACUACGCCAGAUGUAGUGCAUCUUGAUAGCACAAGAAGAGAGCAGUUUCUGUUGCAGAAGAAGGUUCUUCUGAAUGCCGACCUCUCGAGGGAAAUCACACAGUGGCUCGGCUUGCUGCGAGAAGAAAGGGCGCUGUUUUUGGGACGCGGCAAGGACAAAAAUAACGGAAAGAUGAACUACAGGCAGGGAAAUACCAGCAAAAGUAGGGGCACCGGGAAAAACCAGAAGAACGGCGCGACGUCGCACGGCGACGCGACCACUGCUCAGGAAGAUGUCGGGGGGAAAAAUUCGUGGACGGGGCGUCCUGGUCCAAAGGAACAAUCAAAAGCGAACUGGAACGGAAAAGAGGGAAAAUUCUUGUCCAAAAGUAGUCACGGCGGAGCGGGCGCGAAGAACAAAGGUGGAGGUAGCGGUUCGAUGAGCAAGUACCACACUACAUCUGGAUGGGAGCAGAGCCAGGGCCAAAAACAGCACGGCAAAUACAAAAACGGAAGUGGUAAGAUGAACGAGUGGUGGCACGACGAUUACGAACAAGAUACAGCCGGGCAUCAGUACAGCACAGAGCAGGGGACAUCACGGAAGGGCAAGGGCCAGCACGCUGCGAAAUUUUACAGUGGAUUCAACAAGCAUCAAGACUAUGACGCUCACUCUCACAGCAAGAGCACGUUUGUGGACCCGACGCAAAGCUUCAAUUACGAUGCAGGAGCUGCUGGUCAUCGAAUGCAGGGUCGUGCGCAUGCGACUUAUAAAGGAGAGGCGUCAUCAAAGGCAAACCAGGAAAAUGUCUCUGCCGACAAUGUGAGACAUACUGAGACCAACAAGGGAAGACAGUCUGGAAAGAAUUUUUCCUACGCCGCAUUUUCUUCAGCCAGCUACAGCGAUGGCACAGAAGUCGCACAAAGCAGUGCCAACAUUUCUUCCAGCUGGCACGACGAGAACGCGCACAACUCGCCCGAAGAAAUCGAAACUUGCUUCCGUCUUGUUUUCCAAACACUUCCCGCCCUCGCCUCCAUUCCAGAACAGGAGUUACAGGAUAGAAAGAAGCAGCUGCAAUCCGCUGUGAAUUCGGAGGACUUCGUGCAGGCGGCGGUGUUGAAGGAAGAGGUGACUGAAUUGAGGGAAAAAGCAGCUGACAUCACAAAUUUAGUCAAUAUUUACGCGCUGAAACCCUUGGAAGACGAAAUCGAGAACUUGGCGACCGGCAGCAACAGUAAAACUGAGUUCUUUACGACAAAAGACGACCUAGCGCGGUUGUUUGACUCGUUGGCACAGCAUUUGAAACUUUUGGAGAAGUUUGUGCAAACGAAUUUCGGCCUACUUGAAGGUGGUCGAGCGCCGGCCCCCGAAGUACUACGCUCGGUUGAGCAUUAUCAACCUCUUCCUGGCAGGAGCUCCUCCGCGGGCACUAGAACUACUCCGAUAUCGGCGAAAGAAGCCGACCUUCGGCGGAGGCUCGGCGGAGCGAUCGUGGCGGGAGGCCAGCGAGUGUUGAGCACGACUUUGGACGAGAACAGCGCCAGCCAAUUCGGUUCGCUUUCCACCUCGACGGGGAAAAAUGCAGUAGGUGGAAAACAAGGGUCUGGUGGCAGGAAAAGCAACCAGCCACAGUCUUCAACUUCCUCGCAGCGAAACUCCAAUUACGCGUUGGAAGAGCGCCUGCAAAAGCACCGUGAGUUCUUUGCGGUGUUUCAGUCAGAGGAGGAACAGAUUGGAAAAGUGAAUCCGGGGAAUAAAGCGAAAGGCAACAAGGGCUCAUCAUCAUCUUCGAAAGCGCCUGUGUCGUACGCUAGCAUGGUUGUAGCAGCCGACAAUAAAAAGCAGAAGGACCUCCACGCCGGUCGUCGUGUCGAAGAAGACACCGAAGUUCAUGAGGUUACCAGCUACAUGACGAAGAAGAGACCGAAGUUCAUGAAGCUCUCGCUCAUCCUUCCCGCCCCGGGCGAGGGGUGGGAGUGGCGGGCGGCUGCUCCGCACGUGGGACGACGAGACGCACUGGCCCGCAUCGCGACCUCCGCAGCGUAUCUGAGCUACGGCGUGCCGAAUCUGAACGUCGCGGACAUUGUUUUCGUCUUCGAGGACGGAAGCUUUUUGACGUUUCAACCGAAAGAUCUGGUCAGGAGCGUGCCGAUACCCUGCGAGAAAAAGUUGAUCGAGUAUUUAGCGAAGGUAGGACGAGUUGUUGGUGCGCAAACUACGAAUUUUUCCAAUUCGACGCGAAACAAGAAAAGCAGUGAAGAUGGUGCAAAGCAAACUACUCCUUCGCCGCCAUCCUCAACUACUAACGCGGGCUUAACCACUGCGUUGAGAAACUUGAUUGAUUCCACCACCUCCGCGAGCAGUAGAGCAACCUCGAGUACCAGUAGCUUCUGUUCCCUUUUUCUCGACGAGAAUAGUUGUAACCUUCCGUCGCUUUCGACCAUGGCCCUGGCGGACGAAAAUCUGGUUCUCCGUGCGCUACAGCAGGUGGAAGAACAACAAACGCGCGUGUACAAGAACGAGGACACACACGGAUCAAAGGGGAAGGAUAAGGCAAGGAAGUUCAAAUCUUCUCCCUCGUCCGUGAACAAUUCCUCAGCUAUCCGAAAUUUCGACCACUGCCUGGUUUUCCUGGGCGCCGUGCGGGACAUCACGAGUAGCGAGAAAAAAGAGUGCAAGGCUGUGCUGCAGGAGCACAAGAUUCCCUGGGUGAUCGCGCGGCUAGGCACCCAGGCGGAAUUCACGUCCAAAAUCGUCGACAUUCUCCUCGCUUACAAUGCCUACGGAAAGCUGGCGAACGGCAUUCGCAAUAUGCACGUGUGGAACAGCAGCACAGCGGGACUACAACUUGUAAGUGGAGGGAGUGCUGGUGUACGCUCGAGUAGUAAGAGCUCCUCUGCCUCCACGACCUCCACCUGGGACCAGCUUUUGUUGGGCUACAACGCAGGAGGUGGAGCAACCUCAUCAUUUGUUGCCAGUAGGGGCAAUAAAGACGGUACUGGUAAAAAACCGUCUCGCCAACUACACGGUCGUAAAGGCAAAGGAGCGAAGCAGCAAAGUGGCACACCAGAAGAUGUUGAUGACUCGUCGUCGGGCACCAGUGCUCCUCCUUCCCUCUCCUUUGUUCUAGGUUGGAUGGACCUGAAGACGCAAGAGGACGCGGUGUAUUACAUCCACCGCGCUUGUGUUAUGGCGUUCUCAACUGUUACAUUCUCAACUGUUACAUGGAUUUGUCAUGCAAAAGCACCACUAUCAUCCUCACGAUCAAGCUGCUCCGCAUGACAAAUCUGCGGAGGGCUAAAUAGCACUAUAAUCCUUCCCAAAUCUGUAAUGCAAAAGGCGCAAUCUUCCUCUCCUCCUUUCACUAUUGCCCUUCUUGCAUUACAAAUUCGUGUAACAGUUGAGAAUGUAACAUUUGAGAACGCCAUAUGUGUCUCGCACCUGUGGCGCUCCCACGGGAUGAAUGAAAAGGCAAACGCGGUCUCGUUUCUGCUGCCGGAACAGUUCUCGAGAAAUCGAGUUGCAACUACUAGUGAAGAACAGGCGGGAAAUAACUACAAAGCGGUCAACAACACGUCAUCACGGCACCUCCUCGCCAUCUACCCGAAAAUCGUGACCAACAUGAACCGGCAGCACCGCGCGGCCCCCACGGAGGGGAAUUUGUUCCUGAUGCUGUACGCCUUUUUCCGGAGUCGAGGGGAGGCCCUGCAGAGUUUGCGGACGCGCUUCGCAGCCCCGUUCGAGAACAACUGGAUUGCGAUGCGGGGCAAGUGGGAAAACAAAGCAAUCGAACUGGAGGUGGAUGACGAAAUAGUCGAAGUGGUGGAGGAGAAAGAGUUUCUGGAGAGGGCAAGCAAGGGGCGAGAUGAGAGGAAAGUAAUAGGCGAUAAAAGCAGCGCAGGCUCCAAGAAUUCCUCCGCGAAUUACAUGAUGAAAACUACUCUGGUGCUGCAACUACAACUGGGAGACCAGCACAAAACCAGCGUAACGUCUAGCAAACUCACCACCCGAGAGGAAACUACACACGAUGGUGAACACAACCAAGUAUCUUCGGAGAUAUUGACGCUGGACCCUUCGGUCUUAUUAGCAGGAGGAGGUGGAGGCGGAAAAGCAAGAGCGGCAUCUUCUGAAGUGGAUGAUCCCGCUACUUCCGCGGUAUUCGCUUCCGUCGACAAGGUCGUGAUCGUCUUGCAGACGAUACAAAGGGAGGUGACAUUUCCAACGUUUGCUGUGACUUCUGCUCCAGGAGCUGGAAGUGUUUAUUUCGACACGGAAGUUGUUUUACAUGAGUCAGAAGACCACGAACAGGAUCCUGCAAGUACAACUUCCAGCAGAAGUGGUAGGAUAGUGAAGACCGUGAAGAACCUUCGCAUGCCCUUGAUGUCGCACCACGCGGCCAUUGCGCUGUUGAAUAGUUGGCACCAGGAGAAUCUGCUACUGCCGGCCUUGGAGAAAAUGUUGAAAAACUCCACUUAGAGGAUAGACUACGUCGCACUCCUUAGUAUUUUAGCGCCCGAUAAGUGACGAAGUGACCACGAGACCGUGACAUGACUUCCACACGACGACAACCAGGCAUAGCGACUCAAUCCGAAAAUUUAAAUUUAAACGUUUUCAUCAUUAUAGUGAAACAU